AUGCCGCACCCCGAGUGGACGGCUGAAGAGCGACGCUACUAUGAGUCAGUUGUACUUUGCUCGCACUCUGCUUUGUUUGCGACCGGGCAGCUGCACAAGUCUCCCGCCUGUAUGAAUCCGUUAACACCGGCCGUUGCGCGGGUUUCCAGUGAAAUGAUUCUGUACUUGCAAGGUAAAGAGCUAAAGCGUCCACUCCUUUUCCAAAACAAAUCGCAAAAGCAGCGUCGUAUGAUUCAUGAGAUUGCAGAGCACCUCGGCCUCCACCACGAUUCUCAUGGGCAUCGAACCAAAAAGAGCCGAGUGGUUGAGGUCAUGGUACCGGCACCCGAGGUGCGCCGGCAAGAAGCCGAUGACUUUCAAAUUCUCCAGCAGGCCUUGCGUGCAUACCGUAAACUUGCUCGCGAAUCCUCCCACGAGCUGGCCGAAUCAAACACGGAGCUCCCACCGGGCUAUCAGCCGGGCACCCAGCAUCUUUUGCGCUACGCGAGCUGGAAUAUCGAAUGGUUCAACGCUUUGUUUCUGAGUGAUACGGAGUUCAAUUUGGCCGUGCCCAGCCAAGAUAUCGCCGACGUCAAUGACCUUUUGGAACGGAUUGCUUGCGUCAUUGUGGCCUUGGACGCGGACCUGCUGGCUGUGCAGGAGGGCCCUUCCAACCUGCAACGCAUGACACUUUUCAUUGAGCGCUACUUGGACUCGGCCUUUAGCGUGAUAGGGGGUUUGGAGCCUCACGAGGCGCAGCAACUGUAUUUUUUGGUGCGACGAGAAGGCCCUCUGCGCAACGUGCGACUCGUCCCGGAGGCCCAGGCCUUCUUGCAGCAGCCUUGGCAUUUUGACGUGGAUGGCAAUCUGCACCUGCAGGAAUAUCGCUUUCAGCGCAUUCCACUCCUUAUCCAGGCUGAACUUGACGUUCCUGCGAGCGUGUGUGCUGAACAAGGCAGUGUGUGCUCCAAUGUACCUCGCAACGACAUUGAACAUUCCUUGCAUCUGGAGGAUCGCGUGGAGCGGGAGCAAUGGCAACAAGAACAGCCAGGGCUGGCUUUCGCUCAGGAUACUCUAGACUUUGCGGAGCUUGAGGCGCGGGCAGUGUCGCCCCCAGGAGUGCGCGUGGCUGACGGACACUCGGGAGCAAGCGGUCUGCCCGCAGAUCGGACGCGCCCCACCACGCCGACAGUGCAACUCACUGAGCGACGCGUGGUCUUUGCUUGCACGCUCCAUGCUAAAAGCAAGCAUGUGGCCAAUGGUCGUUCACGCUGGGAAAGCCACAACGAUGCUGACAAACAGGAGUUCAUUCAGCAAGCGGUUAAGAACCGCCGUCGCAUCGUGGGCGAAUGCCUACGGCUUCGCGAGUGUCUGAAUCGCUUUGUAUUUGCGCGCCACGAGAACCCUUUGCUGGUGGUCUCCGGUGACCUCAACGCCGGUCCAGGCAUGGACUUUUUUGAGCGGUUCUAUUUGAUGACUUCUGGCUUGGAUGCGCUCAUGGGCAGCCCCUUCAAUCACAAUAAGAUGCUACAGGCCCUGUUGAUUCGAUCACGCUUUGUCUCGCCAGCCAGCAUGUACACCGCGAUUUUUGAUGAUUACGUGGACGGCGUGCCGAGCAAGCGGGUGUUGAUUGACCACAUUUGUGUCAGCCGAGCACUGUUUCAGACCACGCGGCGGGCUGGGGUGGCACACGAGCUCUUUGAACAGUUUUCCGACGCACGCCUUGAAGGGCGUGCCCGACACCCAAGUGAUCACCGGCCCAUCUGGGCAGAUCUGAUUUGAGCAGAAAGGCCACACCAAGACCGUGCUGAAAAAAAGUUGAAAGGCAACGGAAGAUUUAACGCGCUGCACUUCCGGUCUAUCGACUCUCGGUACCGGCCGGCUCAAGCAGGCCCAGUAAUUCAUCAAUAGGUGG